GCGGAUUCGCAAUUCAAGAUGGCUGCCGACAACCUCCCGACAGAAUUUGAUGUUGUGAUACUUGGAACAGGACUGGCCGAGUCCGUCAUCGCCGCCGCCUGCGCCCGCGUCGGGCAGAGAGUGCUCCACGUCGACAGGAGGAACUACUACGCGGGAAACUGGGCCAGCUUCACCUUCAGCGGGCUGCUGUCAUGGAUUGAGGAGCAGCAGCAGGGAGAGCAGAAGCUGGAGCUGCUGCCGGACUGGAAGGUAGAAGAGGGGGAGGAGCUUCUGCCCCUCGGCUCUGUGGAUUCGUCCAUCUCUAACCUGGAGGUGUUUCGCUACGCCAGCGAGGAGCCUGAACCUCAGCCGGCCACGCCCACAGCCGAGGCGGAGACACGGAGCGAGGCCACGCCCACAGCCGAGGCGGGGACACGGAGCGAGGCCACGCCCACAGCCGAGGCGGAGACACGGAGCGAAGCCACGCCCACAGCCGAGGCGGAGACACGGAGCGAGGCCACGCCCACAGCCGAGGCGGAGACACGGAGCGAGGCCACGCCCACAGUCGAGGCGGGGACACGGAGCGAGGCCACGCCCACAGUCGAGGCAGAGACACGGAGCGAGGCCACGCCCACAGUCGAGGCGGAGACACGGAGCGAGGCCACGCCCACAGCUGAGGCGGGGACAUGGAGCGAGGCCAUGCCCACAGCUGAGGCGGGGACAUGGAGCGAGGCCACGCCCACAAUCGAGGGAGAGACACAGAGGGAGGACAUGCCCAAAGAGGAGAAGGAGACACAAAAUGACACCACACCCACAAACGAGGGAGAUAGACAGACUGAGGCCACACCCUCUGAGGGGGACUCCGCCCCCCAGCAGGAGGCGACCCAAUCAGGAGAGCCCUCCCCCCCAGGCACUACAGAGAAGAGAAGGAGAGUCACCUACACGCAGAUCCUGAAGGAGGGCCGCAGGUUCAACAUCGAUCUGGUGUCCAAGCUCCUGUAUUCUCGCGGCUCAUUGGUGGAUCUCCUCAUCAAGUCCAACGUCAGCAGAUACGCAGAGUUCAAGAAUGUCAGCCGCAUCCUCACCUACCGCAACGGCAAGGUGGAGCAGGUGCCCUGCUCGCGAGCAGACGUUUUCGGCAGUAAGCAGCUGACUGUGGUGGAGAAGAGGAUGCUGAUGAAGUUCCUGACGUUCUGCCUGGACUACGAGCAGCACCCUGAGGAGUACCUGGAUUUCACAGACCGCUCCUUCUGGGAGUUCCUGCAGACCAAGAAGCUGACAGAGAACCUGCAGCAUUUCGUCCUGCACUCCAUCGCCAUGGUGACGCCGGGGGCCCGUACGGGCGAGGGCCUCAGGGCCACACAGCACUUCCUGCGCUGCCUGGGUCGCUACGGCAACACGCCCUUCCUCUUCCCGCUCUACGGCAUGGGCGAGAUCCCGCAGUGCUUCUGCAGGAUGUGUGCUGUAUUUGGAGGGAUCUACUGUCUGCGGCACUCAAUCCAGUGUUUGGUUCUGGACAAGGAGUCAGGGAGGUGUAAAGCGGUGAUUGACACAUGUGGACAGCGAAUCAGCUGCAGCCACUUUGUGUUGGAGGACGGCUACAUCCCAGAGGAGCAGCGGAAAGGUGUGGCCUACAGGCAGAUCUCCAGGGCCGUCCUCAUCACUGACCGCUCACUGCUGCAGUCUGAGCCGGAGCAGCAGAUCUCACUGGUCACUGUCCCCCCCCUCCAGCCAGGGGGUGCUGCUGUGCGAGUUGUUGAGCUCAGCUCCUCCAGCAUGACCUGUAUGCCGGGCACCUAUUUGGUGCACCUCACCUGUCCCUCCUCGGGUACGGCCCGCGAGGACCUGGCGGAGGUCGUGUCCAGACUGUUUGCGGAACCUUCCGGCGAUGGAGACGAGGCUGAGCUCACAGGUGAAGCAGACAGUGAGAAGCCGGCGCUGCUGUGGGCUCUGUACUUCAACAUGAGGGACUCGUCAGGUGUGGCCAGCAGCAGCUACCGCCUGCCGAGCAACGUGCACGUGUGCAGCGGCCCUGAACCUGCGCUGGGCAGCGACCACGCCGUCCACCUGGCUGAAUCUGUGUUCCAGCAAAUUCUCCCUGAUGAGGAGUUCUGCCCACCUGCCCCCAACCCAGAAGAUAUUAUCUAUGAUGGGGAGGGGCCCCAAGGAGAGGGGGCCGGCUUUGGAGAACCUGUCCAACCAGAGCAAGGCGUGGAGGGGGAGAGGCAGGGGGAGGAGCUAGAGAAGCCGGAGUCAGAGCAGGACAGUGAGAUGGCAGCACCAGAGCCUGCGGCAGAGAGCCCGCCUCCUGCCCCGCCCACUGAAGAAUAACCCGCCCCUCCACACUGUGACCACGCCCUGUGCUCCCAGCCCCUCCUCCGGUUCUGUAGUCUGUCAUCUCUCAGCUCUUUACUCCUCCAGAAAGCCUUAUAUCUGACACAGCCCCUCCCCCCUCCCAGAAGAAUGUGUGUG